CCCAGAUGUUAACUCCUUCCUGCUCAGUGCCAUUAGUACAGUGUCAGUACUUUUUAUUAGCACUGAUCACUGUAUUGGUUUCACUGGGGAAGUCAGUGACACCAAGUCAGUUCCCCCCAGUGUCAGAAUGCCCACCGCAGUCCCACUAUAAGUCGCUGAUCACAGCCAUUACUAGUAAAAGAAAAAUUCCAGUAUUGUAUACCGCCGUUUGUAAACACUAUAACUUUCUCAUAAACCAAUGAAUUUACAUGUAUUGGGAUUUUU